AUGCUCAAAGCUCUGAGGAAAGUCGUAGGUGGCAGGACCUCUCCACAACCCACGCCAGCUAAACGCGAUCGUCAUCAUCGUCAUUAUCCUACAACUACUUAUUGUAGGGGCCGCCACUCGUCUCAUGAAGUUGCAAAGACAGUGAUAGAUUUCGCCAAGAGAAGAGGGUCUACUCUUCACGAAAGACAACGAGUAGCUAUUUCUCGCUACCGGAGCGACAAUGUCUUCAACACCCGAAAUGCAGGCAACCAUAGCGAGGGAGCCAUCUUCGAAGCUUAUUUCAAAUUCUUCGAUCUCAUGUUCUUCGGUGGCAUACUCAAACUUGGAUGCAAAGUUGUACUCACUGGGAAAGAUGUCGAGAAGAUGAAUGCAUAUGGAGUGGCAUCCACGCACGGAAAAUUGGUCAACGGUCGACCGAAAGGAGUCUACGGGAAUAUUCGAAUUCAUAAUGCAUCACAUUUGAAGAACCCGCGAGAUAGGAGACUUGCAGGUUUAAGCACACUACUACAUGAAAUGCUUCAUUGCUUCCUCGACUUCUACACAUGUUUCAGAUCCGAUUGUCGAGACAGGUUCGAGGAUCUGGGCCAAGAACACGGGAUUGCAUGGCAAGAUGCUGCUUAUGCAUUAGAAGAAUGUGUCCGGGACCCAACAUUCAUCAAUCUGCCUUUGGUCCUCGGGCGGCGGCUUGCGUUGGUUAAUGAGCUGAAUGAGUGGGGCCACCCGAAGAUCUGUGAUCUACGAAGGUGGGGCUUCACGAAGAGAGAAGUGAGGUUCAUCAAAGGUAAAUGGAGGCUCCUGAAGUUGGAUGAUGCUUGUGCAUCUUAA